AUGGGCGAGCUCGGCUUGCAGAGGGUUGGAGACAAGGUCUGUGCAGAUGCCUCCGACGGCCUGCAGUUCCUGCUUCAUGAAUUGCACUUUGUCGAGGAGGUGCUGCGCAGCGCGGCACUCAAGCGCCGUCGCCUGCAGGACCUUGUGGGUCAAGCGCAAGCGCAGCGCCUUGUCUUUCGCACAGAGCUUCCCAUCCAUAUUCGACAAAAGAUCUUUGAGUGCUUGCUUGUGAAGGAGACGGUUAGGUUGCCAAACGUUUGUCGAAGCUUUCUGGCCUUCUGCACCUCGGAAGGGCGCCGAGUCAUCCCAGUCAUCAACGACCGGGCCCUUCAGGGCGGUCCGAAGGCUGCCCGUCGCCUGGCGCGCCUCGUGCACCCCUCCUUCAUCUACAUGGUUGCGGUGAAGGAGCAAGGCGAGGCAGCCUGCAGCUUCCUGGAAGCCAUCCUCGGCGAGUGCUUCUUCGAGUUCAACAGCCUGACGCGGAUCAUGGUCAAGAAUGCCCGCUUCGUCUCCGCAACGCUCCUCAUCCGAUUGCUCAAGAGGGCAGCCAAGCUCAAUGAGGUGAAGAUCCUCACGCGGCUCGAUCGGCCGUUGCCGGCGGAGUGCCUGCGGAGCGUGGAAAGCCUCUCUGCUCUGGUGCUUCACUCCACUGAAGUGCUGGGUUUCUCAUCGUUGUUCACAGCAGGGCCUUUGGCAGCCUUGAGGUUUGUCCAGAUUGUGGACAGCCCUCACUUGAACUUUGACACGCUCCUGGGCACCUUCACAAGUCCGUGUCCAACCGGUGUCCAUGUGCAGCAUCUUCAGGUUUCUCCCAGCAGUGAUGAGCCGCAAGACCGGCACUGGAGCCAGUGGGUUCAGCCCUUGGCGGAUCUCUUGCAAAGCCCUGCCAUGGCUGCCUUGGUGCAGCUGGAUGUUCCCGUCCCAUCCUACUCGGUGACAGCGGCAGAGACCGCCAGGGCUUUGCUGGAGCGCCUACAAGGGCGGCGCCUACCGCGGGACCUUGCCAGGCUCCGCUUCCUCCCCUACCAGAAGAAGUGUGAUGCCUUCGUCUUUCGGCGACAUGGUCCGAUGGAAACUGUGAUGGAGAUCCAGGAGAUUCUUGGCCAGUACAAGCAAGCCUGGCCAUGGCUAGAGGAUCCCCUGGUGCAAGUUGGAUGCAAGCAGGAGCUGGUGCGAUGGUUGGAUCCCGCCUAUGCCCACCCUGAGUCGACGCCCAUGGCUCUUCAGUGGGCCGCCGUGAUGUUGGCGGCUCGCUUUGCUCAUAAAUGGGAGGCACCAGGGGCAAACCUGGCAGUGUACUCCACAGAGAAAGGUCAGGGGCACGUCAACAAGGACCGUACCGCCGAGUCGGUUCGGCGUCUGCUGCGUGUCAACAUCUCUGCGUCUCGCAUCGAGGCUGAGAUACUGGCCAAGGUGCAGAACAGCCGGAAGCGCUUCACAUUGGACUUGAAGCUCUUCGACGAGACCAUCCCCCAUGCUUCAGGCUGGACUGUGGAGUUUCGAAAAGCGCGAGGAAGCAUGCAGAUGAGCCGGGGUGCAGAAAUUCCUGAGCUCCACUUCCAUAUGCGGAAGCGCUGGCCCUCUCCGGACCACGCCUGGCCGCGCCUUUCCGAAAGCGAAGCCGAGGCAUGGAUGCUCAUGGGCGAGACACCGUUCAGCGGCCCAACGCUGAAGGAGAGCGGGCUGACUUGCCAGCAGCAGAGCAGCCUGUAUUGCCCAUCAAGCGAUUCCUGCACAUCCUCGUGCAGCGACUGCCAGGCUUUCAACGAAGCUGGCGAGAGUCGCUGUCGUGCGACGCUGGCCGAGCAGCUCCAGGCAGCUGCCGCCCACGACGAGUUGCGGGGAGACUUCAUUGACGAGGAUUUACAACCUCACAAGCUUGGCGGUCACUUCCAAUGGAGACAUCGGCCCGAGCUACUAGCAGCAGAGGCCUUUGCGCUUUGCUGGGCGCGGCCUGCAAAUUCCGCAAAGGAUUCUUGGAAGCAUCCAGACACGCAUCUUGUGGCGUGGGAAGUGCAAGACUCGCACCCCUACCCUCGCCUGCAGGUCCCGAACGGAACCCAGCAUCGAGCGGGUGCCACCCACCUCGUCCUGGUCAGCCUUGAGAGCUUGGAUUGGGACAUACCAGGCAGACUUUCGGAACGCCUCAUUUUUGACGUCAGGUUGCCUUGCCCAAAGUUCCGGCAGAGGAGGCGGAGCCAACGCACUACUCCAGCAAUCUCCGACUUGCUGGGAAUUUCUGUGAUUUGGAAGGAUCUGGACGGCAGCCUCUGCUCCGCUGGCAUACCCGUGCUGCGCACAGAAUGGUUCGGGAUCACUAGCUAG